GCUAUCGAACACAUUCAAUGCAAACCACGUGGUAUUUAUGCAAAUUAACCGUAGUGGAUAAAUACGACCGUGGUACUGGAUUUCGUCCUCUCACAAGUUAGACCUCAGUGGCGAAACAUCGUGCCGACUCCCAAAACAAAAUGACAACCAAACCACCAUACAAAGUUGCCGACAUCAGUCUGGCCGAUUGGGGCAGAAAGUGUAUCGAGAUUGCAGAGAACGAGAUGCCAGGACUGAUGGACAUGCGUCGCCGAUACGGUCCAUCGAAGCCACUGCAGGGAGCACGCAUUACUGGCUGUCUGCACAUGACCACCCAGACAGCUGUGCUCAUCGAAACACUGACAUGUCUUGGAGCUCAGGUCCAGUGGUCGAGCUGUAACAUAUUUUCCACACAAGACUUCGCAGCUGCGGCCAUUGCCAAGACUGGGGUGCCUGUGUAUGCAUGGAAGGGAGAGACGGAUGAGGAAUACAUCUGGUGCAUUGAACAGACCCUGGUGUUCCCAGACGGCCAGCCACUGAACAUGAUCCUGGAUGAUGGAGGGGAUCUCACCAAUCUGGUCCAUGAAAAGUACCAGCAAUACUUGCCUGGAAUCAAAGGCCUUUCUGAGGAGACCACGACUGGAGUCCACAAUCUCUACAGAAUGAUGAAAGAAGGCAGACUGAAGGUGCCAGCAAUCAAUGUUAACGACUCUGUUACCAAGAGUAAGUUUGACAACCUCUACGGAGUGAGGGAGUCCUUGGUGGAUGGGAUCAAGAGAGCCACCGACGUCAUGCUGGCUGGUAAAGUGGCUGUUGUCGCGGGAUACGGGGAUGUGGGCAAGGGUUCUGCUCAUGCACUGAGAGCGUUCGGCGCCCGUGUCAUCAUCACAGAGAUAGAUCCCAUCAACGCACUGCAGGCAGCCAUGGAGGGUUUUGAGGUCACAACAAUAGAUGAAGUCAUCAGCAAGGCACGUAUCUUUGUGACUGCCAGUGGCUGCAAAGACAUCAUCUUGGGUCCCCAGUUUGAACAGAUGCCGGAGGACGCCAUAGUGUGCAACAUCGGUCACUUUGAUUGCGAGCUCGACAUCAAGUAUCUCGAUGAGAACUGUGUAAAGAAGGAGCAGGUUAAACCACAGGUGGAUCGCUACACAUUGAAGAGUGGCCGCCACAUUAUUGUACUUGCAGAGGGCCGUCUUGUGAACCUGGGAUGUGCACACGGCCACCCCAGUUUUGUGAUGAGCAACUCCUUCACCAACCAGGUCUUGGCCCAGAUGGAACUGUGGCAGAAGGCAGACCAGUACAAACUGGGCGUACACGUCCUUCCAAAGAAGCUGGACGAGGAAGUGGCUGCCGCCCAUCUGGACCACCUUGGGGUCAAGCUGACCAAACUGACCGAUGGUCAGGCCAGUUAUCUGGGCAUUCCCAAGGACGGGCCGUACAAGCCGGACAUAUACAGAUACUGAACACGUGCUAUUAAGUGACUGACAUACUGAAUGAUUUACAAUGUUAUGCAGGAAAAAUGAUUUUGUUAACUUGUUGUAUCUUGUGAAAAACAACUGUGGAAUAACAUGUUCAGUGGAAAAUAUGCUGUUAACUUGUAAGACCUAUUAAUAACAACUCUUGAACAUCAUCCACAUCCAGGAUCUUGCUUACCUUAUAAUUGUUAAACGUUAUUUGGGGAAACUCUUGUUAAACCUAGUGAAUUACGACCUUCAAAAUAAACAUUUUAAAUAUUGUGAUGGGGAAGAUUGUGGUGACAUAUAUUACUAGUGAAUAGCCUUUAUAUGAUGUUAUAAUGUUUUGUGGGAAAAAGAUGUGUGGACCAUAAUAAUUAUAUGUUACAUAUGAGUUUUUCAACCAUUUAUAGUUAAUAUGUGGGAGACAGUGGUAUACUUUGCAAUCUAAUAUUUGAAAGAUCAUUUUUGUUUUUCUUGCAUUAAUAAAGUGACUCGCACAUCAACUUACUAUAUGCGCCCCUUCGUGCAAUGAAUAAGAAAAGUUAUACAUAUUGGCAUAUAUUCAAAUAUGUGGGAUAUCAUCUUCAUGACUUGUCAUGUAUUGUUACGUGUUUGAGUGCAUCCUUGUAUUUUAAGCAUUCAGACUUUUAUCUUCAUGUACACUAUUUGGCACAUGUAUGAUAUUGAAUGUUUAAAAAUAAAUUCAUGAAAUCCUUA